AUGCAAAUAGAGCACGAGCAAUAUCUCACUAAAUACCAGUGGUCUCACCAUGGUCUCACUAAAUACAAGUGGUCUCACCAUGGUCUCACUAAAUACCAGUGGUCUCACCAUGGUCUCACUAAAUACCAGUGGUCUCACCAUGGUCUCACUAAAUACAAGUGGUCUCACCAUGGUCUCACUAAAUACCAGUGGUCUCACCAUGGUCUCACUAAAUACAAGUGGUCUCAUCAUGGUCUCACUAAAUACAAGUGGUCUCACCAUGGUCUCACUAAAUACCAGUGGUCUCACCAUGGUCUCACUAAAUACCAGUGGUCUCACCAUGGUCUCACUAAAUACAAGUGGUCUCACCAUGGUCUCACUAAAUACAAGUGGUCUCACCAUGGUCUCACUAAAUACAAGUGGUCUCACCAUGGUCUCACUAAGGCAAAGCAACAGCAUUAUCUCACUAAAUCAAAGUAA